AUGUCAACAACAGAGAACACAACAACAGUUAUAGUCCAUGAAGCUAUAAAUGAAGAAUACGAGUACAUACAGUUUAACAAACAACUCCGUCUCAUUCGUUCGGUCAAAGAUGACAUGUACCAAAUGCAAAGUAUUUUGACGGCUUGUUUUUCUCCAGAUACCAAACAUACAGACGAUUGGUUCAAAAACCAAAGCACACAAGAACUUUUGAGCGAAGCACAGCGAGACAGACUUUUUUCGGGGUCGCCUAAAACUCAUGAAAAUCGUAAAAAUUUGCCAAACGGUUUGAGAGGAUAUUAUGUACAUAGACUUCUUGUAAAUGCUGUUGCAAUGUGGGCUUCACCUCGUUAUGCUUGGAAUAUUUACAGACUUCUUGACGAAAUUCAUAGACAAGAACGUGAAGAGAUGGAAAAGAAACUUCAUGCAAAAGAUGAAGUCAUUGAAGCAAAAGACAAAAGCAUUCAGAAAAGAAUACAGCGUUCGGUACCAAAAGGAAAGGAAAAGAACUAUAAGUAUAUGAUUUAUACUGAAGAGAUGGAAAAUGAAGAAGAUAAAGAUAUGGUUAUGUUGCAUUUAGUCAGAAGAAACAACAAAAGCUUUUACGACCUUGCUAAGAUUUACAAAUCUGACAGAAAUUGGUUCUAUCGCGAAAACUUACCGAUUUCAAUGACCCCAAAUGAAGAUGUGAAACAAAUAGUUCAAGAUACGUUACCUCAAACACACUAUGAUAUUAAAGGUUGUACAAUUCUUACCUUCAAAGAAGAUUUGCCAUUGUUAAAGGAAAAAAUAACAGAGUAUUUUGACAACUUCAAACAAGUAGGGUAA